CUGGGAGAAUUCUUAUUAGCCGUAUUGCAGGAAUGGAGCGAGUGGAGAGCCCGGGGGUGAAGUGAGAGUCCGGCCAGGGGGCAGCAUGGGCACCCAGGAGGGAGGCAGUGCCAGCCUGAUGCUGGAGUUUGCCGCACAAGCCUUUCAAACCAAAAACUUCCAGCUGGCGUGUGAGAUCUAUGAGAGGCAGCUGCAGGGGCAGCAGUUGGGGGUGGCGGACUGGGGGCUGCUGCUCAGGAGGGCAGACUGCCUGGCAUGCUCGGGGAAACUGCAGGACGCUCUCCCUCUGUAUCAGGAAGCGGCUGCCCACAAGAAGCUGUGUGUGGAGCAGCUGGAGCCCCUGGUAUCCUGCCUGGCAGACCAGCUGAGAGGAAGAGAAGCGCUGCCCCUGAGUCCGCAGUGGGGGAUCGUGACCUGUUUGGAGUGCCAAGGCUUCCUGUACCAGCCUGUGACCCUGCCAUGUGGGCACACCUUCUGUAAGAAGUGCCUGGAGAACCAGAGGGGUAGGAGCCAGUGUAAAAUGUGCCCGGUGACCCAGGAGGGCACCCAGCAUCAUCACAGAGUCAAUGUGCUCCUCAGUAACAUCAUGGCAAAGGGGUUCCCCUGUGAGGUCCAAGCUGCCAAGCUCAGGCACGAAGGCAAUGCCCUCCUUGGAGACGGCAAGUUACAAGAUGCACUGGCCAGAUACAACGAAGCAAUCUCCUUAGUUUCACUUGACCAUUUACUGUAUAGCAACCGUUCUAUGAUUCACCUCAGUCUGAAGUCCUAUGAGCUGGCACUCACUGAUGCUGAAAUUGCUUGCAAGCUGCAGCCACAUUGGCUAAAAGGGCAUCUGAGGAAAGCACAAGCACUGGUCAACCUGGGAAAACCUGAAGAUGCUUUAAAAGAAUUCCUUUAUUGUCUCGUACUUGAUUCUGGGAACAAGAGGGCGAAAUUAGAAGCACAGAAGCUGCUGCUUAACAUGUUAAGUCCUGGACACAGUCAGGGAGACUUUCCAGAUAUCCUGCAGAUGAUGCCACAUCCAUCACGGACGAAGGGAAGUCUUAUGAAUUCACAAAGCACCUCAGACUACAGCAGUAACACCCAGAGUUUAUAUAGGGCUAAUGUGGAGUAUAAAAAGUCCAUAAUAUUUCCAGAAGAAGUUGGCCCAACUGGAUGUAAAACCUCAUGGAAGUUAAUGCAGCCUCCAGAACAUAAAACUGAUGUAGAGAACAAGAAGACCUCAUCAACAGAAACGUCUCUAAAGCUGCCUCUAAUGUCCAAUACGUUAAAGAGGAAGCUGUCUUCAGAUGAUGCAAGUGAGGGUAAAAUAACAGAGGGGCCCUGCAAGAUUCUGAAAAAAGAUGUAACAACGUCUGCUAAUAGUGGGGACCAAGACUCGUCUGUCUUUUACAUUGACCUAUCAGAUCUGGACUGUUCUCUCUGUAUGAGGUUGGUAUAUGAACCAGUUACUACUCCGUGUGGACACACAUAUUGCCUCAAGUGUCUUGAGCGAUGCCUUGACCACAACCCCAAGUGUCCAUUGUGUAAAGAAGACCUGUGUGAGUACCUGGCCGUAAGAACGUUUUGUAAAACAGACCUGAUAGAAGAGCUCAUUGCCAAAUACUUUCCUGAAGAACUCAAAGAGCGGAAGAUGGUCUAUGAAGAGGAAAUAGCAGAACUUUCCAACUUGAACACAAAUGUGCCCAUAUUUGUGUGUACCAUGGCCUACCCUACAGUCCCAUGUCCUCUGCACAUAUUUGAACCUUGUUAUCGUCUGAUGAUUCGAAGGUGCAUGGAAACUGGUACCAAGCAGUUUGGCAUGUGUAUUGGAGACUCUAUUAAAGGGUUUGCGGAUUAUGGCUGCAUGUUGGAGAUCAGAAAUGUAGAGUUCUUUGCUGAUGGCCGUUCUGUAGUGGAUAGUAUUGGUAAAAGGAGAUUUAAGGUCAUUCGACACAGUCAACGAGAUGGAUAUAACACAGCUGACAUAGAGUAUAUAGAAGAUGAAAAAGUACAGGGAGAACAUUAUGCAGAAUUGCUUGCGUUGCAUAAUUCUGUGUACGAUCAAGCUUACACUUGGUUUACUACACUGAAACCAGCACUAACUAGUCGCAUUUUGAGUCAUUUUGGUCCUAUACCUGCUAAGGAAAAUGAUUUACAGGCAAACCCCAAUGGUCCUGCAUGGUGCUGGUGGAUUCUGGCUGUUCUUCCUCUUGAGAGCAGAGCACAGCUCCCUUUUCUAGCUAUGACAUCACUGAAGGAUCGCUUAACCAGCAUCCGGCGUGUCCUACUCUUUAUGUGUCGUACACGAACACGAUAACCCAUUGUAUUUAAUUACAUUCCAUCAAGUGCAUACAUAUUGUACAUGCCGGAAAAUGUAUGUCACGUUACAAAUUGCAAGGACUUCAGACCAUCAAGUUAACUUAUUUGCAAUUUUUUUUCCAACUGAUGAAUGAGAACAGUGCUAAACCUGGACGCCUUUUAUAUCAAAUGCAGUAUACAGAUAUUUUCUUUGGAACUCCAAAUUUUGAUAAAGUUUUGUUAUACAAAAUCAAAGUUUUUACAGAGAUGUACAGAUUUGUGAUCAUCAUUAUGUUUAAUAAUUUAUUUUUUCAUUACCAUUU